AUGGCCGACGCCAUCGAGUCCGCCAAACGCACCGCCGCCCAACGCGCCGUAGCCGACCACUUCUCGCCCGACUUCCGCUUCGUCGGUAUCGGGUCGGGGACCACCAUCAUCUACGUCGUCGAAGCGAUCAAAGCCGCCUGCGCCUCGUCGGGGAGCAGCAGCUCGAUCAGCUUCGUGCCAACGGGAUACCAGUCGCGACAGGUGAUCAUCAAGGCAGGCCUGGCGCCCGUCGCGUUCGAUAGCCUGCCGGAGGAGGUGGUGCUGGAUGUUGCCUUCGACGGGGCGGACGAGGUGGACGAGGCGCUGAACUGCAUCAAGGGGGGCGGGGCGUGCCUGUUCCAAGAAAAACUGGUCGCUGAGAGGGCGAGGAAGUUCGUUUGCGUAGCCGACUACCGCAAAGACCAAUCCCGCCUCCUGACUAAAUGGCCCUCCAUCCCCAUCGAAGUCUGCCCGCUAGCCGUGCACACAGUCCUGCACUCCCUGCGCCUCCUCGGCUCCCCGACCCCGACCGUCCGCACCGGCCUGCUCGCCAAAACCGGCCCCCUAAAAACGGACCAGGACUUCUUCAUCGUCGACGCGCCCUUCCCCUCGCCCCUGCUCACCACCUCCGACGUCUCCGCCGGCAAGGGCCGCGGCGACGGCAGCGACGAUACUUGGGAAGUGCAGGAGCUGAGCAGACGCAUCAAGGACAUCACAGGCGUGCUGGAGGUGGGGUUGUUUUGCGGGUUGGAUGGGGCGCAGGCGCAGGAGAUGGGUGGGGGGAGGCAGGGCGGGCAGAGGCCUGUUGCGGUCUAUUUUGGGAUGGAGGAUGGGAACGUGCGGGUCAGGACCGUGGAGGGAGUAAAGGGGGUCGAGGCUGUGGAUAUUGGGGCCAAGGAAUUCUUGGAGCCGGGGGAUGUUGAGGCUGUGAGGGCGGUUGAUAAGGCUGUUGAGGAGAUGGAGAAGUGA